AUGUCCAGUAAAUCACAUAAUCGUAAUAAUAAUAAUAAUAAUAAUCAACUACAACAACAAGUUCAUCAUUAUCAACAUCAAGGUCAUGGUGUAGGUGCUAUUAACCUACCACCACAACCACCACCAAACCACCCGUCCCUUAAUACUACUACUAGUGUUGGUCACGGUAUAGCUAUUGGCGGUACUGUUGAAAAUCCAUUGUUUUUGGACGAUUUGGUACAGGAUUUUGAUAUAUCGUUGUCGGGUUUCGGCUGCGAUAAUACCAAUGUGUCGCUGAUGCGCGACCUGAACCAAGUGAUCAGUACGUUGGGCGACACUAUCAAAGUGGAAACCGUCGACCAUAUCGAUGAUGACGAUGCCCAAGACUCGACCGAUGCUCAACAAAAAUUUAUUACUUAUUCUCAGUCGGACAGCCCUCAAUCUAACGAUUCGUGCGGUUCGGUCACAUCGACGGACAGUGGAGACAGUAGUCGGUUGCCAACAGUCGGCAAAAGUUAUAUACAACUAUCACCUCAAUCACCACCACAACCACCACCACUACAGCCAUCAUUACCACAUACACCUCAACAUCAACAACAACAACAAAGUCCACAUCCAUUGAUGGUGCCAUCAAUGUCGGCGCCAUCGACAUACCAGCCAACUGGCAUCAGUAGCACCGGUAGUUUAGGUGGUACUACUGCGACUACUACUGCUGCUGCUGCUGCUGCUGUUACCGAUGUCGAUAAUAAGGUACUGUUAACGGCCAGAGAGUUGGCCCGUCGGGCGUCCAAAAGGCUGUGCUUCAAAGGUAUCGCCACCGCCUCCUCCGCCGCCGCUGCCGCUACUGAUGACGUAUUGUCACCCCUGGGAAUGGCACCGGACAGUCAUAAUAAGUUUCCAUCGGACGGAUCCGAUUCUACUACCAAUGAGCUGAGCACCGGUAGUAUCGAUACAACUACUACUACUACUACUACUAGUAAUAGUAGUAGUCUACUAUCGGCACGCAAUAUGGAAAACUCUUACGGCUAUUCGUGGCGCCGAUACUCGAAAACGGACGCACCGUCCGUUCAUAAUCGUAUGUCUAGUGUACAGAUUGGUCGGACCAUCAAAUCGGAACCAUCGACGGAUUCGCCGCGUUGGUUUCAGUACAUACUGGGUGCGGCUACGGCAUCGGGUGUCAAACACGGUGCCAUGACUAUGACCUAUAUGAAUCAAUCGCAACCGUACGAAAUUAGGUUGAAAAAAACGGUACCCGAAAUCGUCGGACGUAUCAACUAUGAUGGAAAAAAUUUGCGGACACGUGUACGACUAGGUUUUGUCGAAAAACGUCUACAGUAUCGGGAAUCGGACGAAAUGGCCAACUGGUGUCGUCUGCACUCAAAAGAUCGCCUAAUCGAUGUGGACGGUGCCCUCAGUUACGGUGUAUUUGACAUACAGAUCAGGCCCCAGCAGAUUAACGGCCUGGAGUUUGUCUGGAAUCCGAACCGGGAGGCGUCGAUAUUUGUCAAAUUAAAUUGUAUAUCCACUGAGUUUACAUCGAAACGACACGGAGGCGAGAGGGGAACACCGUUACGGUUGAUCAUCGAUACCUACUGUGCCUCCAAUAAUGUUAAACUAGAUUCAGCUCAAUGUUUGGUAAAGGUAUUCAAAUCGAAAGGUGCCGACCGAAAACAUAAGACAGAUAGGGAACGAUUGGCCCGAUUGCCCGACAGUUCCCUAUACUAUCAGCCCUCCUACGACUGUACACUGUUUACCGUGUUUUGCGAGGGCGACGAAGUUAUGAUACCGACUACCAGUUCGCCAAACGAUAGCGACUGUAGCGGUUCGCAUAUCAGCAGCAGCUCUUCGUCGUCAGCAUUGGUGGUCACAGCGGCCAACCUAACGACGGCCACUACGGCCACCCAAUCGUCGCCGGAUAGCUUGUCGACCACACAAACAUCAUCGUCGGUACAGUUGAAUGUGGCCACCAGUUCGACCAACAUUUGUCAUCCACUGUCACCACAUACAUCAGACGACGGUAUGAUUGGACCAACCGGUUCAUCGUCGUCGACACGAUCGUCGCCGAUGUCUGUCCAGCCAUUAUCGGAAUCGGCGGCCAGUUCUACCGAAACAUACGACUGGCUGGUUCGCUACCGAUUUAAUCGUCUGACCGAAACUUUGGCCAACUUUUCGCCCGAAGAUCUGCGUCGACUAUCACGUGACGAUCUCAUACAGAUUUGUGGCCUUACCGACGGUAUUCGGUUAUUCAAUACGUUGCACGCUAUUCAAGGUACUACACGAUUGACCAUUUUUGUGACCACCGACGGAAAGGUAUAUCAUGGUAUAUAUCUGAAGUCGUUAACUAACGAUGAGCUCAAAGACAGGCUAAUCGAAAUGAUAGGCCAGACCACGACCACCACUACCACCAGUAUGACCACCAGUAUGACCACCAGCACAGGCACUGUUACCACUUGCAUACCGGUGCGACACAUCUAUCUUAUGGGACCAAACGAUAUUAAAAUCAGACUAACAAAUCAAGUGGUAAUGAAUAUGAAAAACGAGUCUAUCUAUUGUCUGACUGUCGAUAAAGAUCAAGAGGAAUAUGAUUUAAUACUACAAUUGACUAGUUAUUAGAUUUUUUUUAUAUCUAUAGCUAAUAUACAGUAUAUUUUUUAAAAAUAAAUAUUACAUAUCAUUUAUUUUAUGAGUUCCCUAACCCACUCCCCCCCACACACAUACACUCCUAAUUAAACACAUCAA